AUGCGCAUUGUCUCCGCCUUGAACGGCCUGCUUCUCGCAGGUGUCGCUGUGGCUCAGAACACCGCCUCAUCAAGCUGUUCGCUUCAGUCAUCUGAUUUGCCAUCCGUUAAUUAUGGCUUUGCGCUCUCGUCCUUCCUGGACCGGUUUUACUCUUCGGUUCCCGUAAAUCUGACCACCUUGAACAGCACUCUAAAUAGCUCCAACUCAGAGUCCUCCGCCAACCUCCAAGGUAUCCAGAGACAAAACCGUUUGGGCGUGCGUGCUGUGCAGCAACUUGGCGCGAAGGUGUCUGGCUUUAGCCCUCAGAACUGCAGUUUCACCUUCCCGAGUGCCAUUGAUGGUGAGACCUUCGUGCGCAACGCCCUUCAGCUGGAGUCGUCAGUUGCUGGGGCGUACAUCGCAUUGGCUGGUUACAUCCAGGCUCCCGAGGCCUCGUUAUUGUGGGCCCGUUUGGCUGCUGAGCACACUGCGCACGCCUAUUAUAUGGCCAGCCACCAGCAGGCCGUCCUUUUUCCAUCGAACAGCACUUCAUUAGUCCCUGCCUACAGCCCUGCUUACCUUGGUUCAUACUUUCAAGGCUGCGUGACUGCGCCUCCAGCUCCGUGUAACCAGAACCUGUUCAUCGGGCCUCUUACUGCCAACCUUGCUGCGAAUGUAUCAGCAAGUGCUGCCGCUUUGAGCUCGGUCUCUUUGUCUGCCUCUGCAACUCCUUCGCCAAGCUGGGCAAAGAGGGGUUACUAA